AUGCCGAGACUGAAGACAACGUGCACUCAUCCGACGAAUCUGGGCAUUCAGAACGCAUUAAACUACACGACGACAAAAGAAACGACGACCAAUUUAAGCGAGAAAAAACUCAAAGGCUACAGAUUUUACGUGGGCGAGAAAGCUACUUUCCGCGACGGAAAGAAUGCGAUCGAUCGCGAAGAGAUAAUAGACGCGAUCAAAGAAGAAGGCGGCAAGAUUGUGAAAAGUGUGAACGGCGAAGACGCGCACAAUAUUAUCGUGGUUGUCGAUACGAAAAGCAGUGAGAACGUUGGUUCAACCUUCGUUUCCGUGAAGGAUUUACUCGACUUUCUCCUCUCAGACGAUAAAGAGGCCACUUUUACGGCGAAGGUAAUUCGCGACGACGCCGACGCCAACAAGGAAAACGAAAAGGCUUUAGCGAACAAGUCGUUUUGCUUCACGGGCGCAUUUCAAGCCAUCGGGACUAACCGAAAGAAUGCGAAGGCCGCUUUACACAGGUAUGUCAAAAAGAACGGCGCAACCGUAAGUGUACAUGUAACUCGCCAAACCGGUUUCCUCGUCGUCGACCUACUCGGGGGAGCGUCCUACGUAAGAGAAGCGCGGAGAGUCGGAGCGUGCAUCGUGACUAUAGAAAACGUCGAAAAGUACGUGAAAACAAAAGACGAAAAGUUCUUGGAAUCCAACGAGAAAUUAGCCGAUGAAAUUUUAGCGAAAGACGAAAAGAAGAAAGUUGCGUCACUCAAAAGAAAAGUGAACGCUUCUAAUUUAGACGACGAUUUAGCCGCCGACGACGACGAAGACGACGACGACGAAGACGACGACGACGACAACGACGAUGAUUACAACGACGAGGAAGACGACGACGAGGAGGAAGACGACGAUUACAACGACGACGACUCGAAUGCGUUUGAAAACACAGACGCAAUGGACGAAGACAACGAUGACGAAUUCGACGACAACGACGACUUAGCCGCCGCCGUUGCUGAAGAAAGACGCGGAAUGGAAAAACUCGGCAUGAAAUUCCAAACAACCAAUCUUAGUUCCAAAAAGCUUUCGAGCAACGGAAGAAGUUCGAAAACGCCGGCGAAGAAAGCUGAAGAAACGCCGCGACGAAGCAGUCGCCCGACGAAACCGACGACGACGAUACUAGCAAAACUACCAAAAGCAGGGGAGGAACAACCGUGCGCGGGCGGAGACAAUUGCCCAAAUAACGGCAUCAUAAAAAAAGGCGAGACGAGAUAUUUAGCCAAUAACACUAAAGGUGUGUUUUGUGGCCCUAUCGAAAACCGAAUCGUCGAUUCGAAUAAUCUCGGUCGAUAUUUGUGCGGAAGAUGUGCUCGCCCAGAGACCCCGUGUACGCGGUGUGGGAAGCUUCUCCCCGCCGGAAAUAGCUUUCGCGCAAAGGACAAAGUAAACGACGGCUGGAAAUGCCAAGAAGGCUAUUGCCAAAACGCCGCCGGCAAAGAAGCAGCCAAGAAGAAAUGGCCGGAGACCACGUGUACGCAGUGUGGGAAGCAUCUUCCCGCCGGAGAUCGCUAUCGCGCAGCGGACAGAGUAAACGGCGACGGGUGUUGGAAAUGCUUAGAAGGCUUUUGCCAAAACGACGCCGGCAAAGAAGCAGCCGAGAAGAAAUGGCCGGAGGCCCCGUGUACGCGGUGUGGGAAGAUUCUUCCCGCCGGAGAUCACCAUCGCGCAGCGGACAGAGUAAACGGCGACGGGUGUUGGAAAUGCGUAGAAGGCUAUUGCCAAAAAAACGCCGCCGGCAAAGAAGCAGCCGAGAAGAAAUGGCCGGAGGCCCCGUGUACGCGGUGUGGGAAGAUUCUUCCCGCCGGAAAUCGCCAUCGCGCAGCGGACAGAGUAAACGGCGACGGGUGUUGGAAAUGCGUAGAAGGCUAUUGCCAAAAAAACGCCGCCGGCAAAGAAGUAGCCGAGAAGAAAUGGCCGAAGACCACGUGUACGCUGUGCGGGAAGCUUCUUCCCGCCGGAGAUCGCAAUCGCGCAAAGGACAAAGUAAACGACGGUUGGAGAUGCCAAGAAGGCUAUUGCCAAAACGCCGCCGGCAAAGAAGCAGCCAAGAAGAAAUGGCCGGAGGCCCCGUGUACGCGGUGUGGGAAGAUUCUUCCCGCCGGAGAUCACCAUCGCGCAGCGGACAGAGAGAAGGAGGGCCGCCGCUGGAGAUGCCCAAAAGGUCGUGGUUGCGGCGGCAAAAAAUAA